AUGGCUACCACCGCAAAGUUCUUCACCAAUUUCCAAGGCGAAAAGUAUGUCGACGGUUGGGCGAACAUAUGGAGUCUAGGUGAGUUUCGGAUCUGGGAUAAGGAGUACCCUAACCCUGCUCUGGAGGAUACCUUGGCUCAGCGGCGCGAGAUUCUCGGCGAUCCGGUCGUAACAGAUGAACAGGGGAAUGUGUACCGGAAGAAAGCGUUGGUGCCGGGUUGCGGAAGAGGCGUCGACGUGCUUCUGUUAGCUAGCUUCGACUACGAUGCAUAUGGACUGGAGUGCAGUGCGGUCGCAGUCGAGGCCUGCAAACAGAAAGCGCUGAGAAAUAGAAACCGAUAUCCUAUCCAGGACCCCGUGGCUGGCCGAGGAGCAGCUACCUUUGUCCAAGGCGACUUCUUCAAGGACGACUGGUUGGAGAAGUUCCAGUUAUCGCGCGACUGUUUCGAUUUGAUUUACGACUAUAGAGUGAGCGGUAGCCAACCCAAGAUGUUGAUUGUCAUCGAAUAA